AUGAGCCCCUUCGCCCGACCCCGAGUCCCAGCACUCGAAUCCCAAACCGGUCUCAGCGAAAGAGAACUCCUCAACUUUAUCGACGGGUUGAACGAAGCAUUCAUGGCAAACCCCGCACUCCAAGUAACGAGUCGAGCGGGCAUGGUCGUUGGGUUUGUGCCGCUGGCCACGACGCAGAUUAUAGGUAACUGCGUGGAAGCUGCGGCGGGGCUGGGGAGCGCGGGUGUCUCUGUUGUUCGCACGAAGCAGUAUCUGAAAAGGGUCAAUCAGAUCACCUUUGGGCCAAGAGGGCUGUGCGCUCGUGUUGUUAAAACUGAGAAGAUGCUUUCGCUUGUUCGGGUUGGAGGGUCCUUUAACUCGGAUCAGUAUAGUGCGCUUGUAGGGAGGGGAUCUCUGGAACGGGAUUAUUUGGAUGGACAGCCUAGCUCGGGGAGGGAUGUUUCUGGUCAAAGUGUUGCUCGGGUGGGAAGUCCUAUCGAGCGGCGAAUGGAGUUACUUGGUGAGUGCGUUAUGAGACUUUCUUUUGAUGGGGUGGCUUCGCCGGCUGAGGCGGACAAUUGGAUGAAGAGAUGGGGUGCAUAUUCUGCGCAGCAGGCAGAGCAAAAGCAACUCAAGAAGCUUAAAGAGAAGGAUGAAAAGAAGAGUCGAAAAUCGGAGAAGGAGUCUAGGAAGACGGAACGGAAGGAGCGGAAGGCAGAUAAUGAGAUUGCUGAUAUUAUGGACGAUAUCGAUGAUGUUCAGUGUCAGAUUCAGGGCCUGGAUUUGAGUCGGCGGAAAGAUGAGAAGACCGAGCGCGAGUUACGAAAGGAUUUGAAGAAGCUGGAGAGGAAGCUCGCUGAGUUGAAGGAUGAAAGGGAAUAUGAAAUUUCUCGCAAGAGUAGCAGGAGUGAUAAAAAGGAGAUGACGAGAGAUGAGAAGGAAGCAAAGAAGAUUGAUAAGCUUUAUUGGAUUAUCAUCUUGCCUGUGGAUCGGAGUACUUCUGGGGAACAUGACUUGGAGUCAGAAGCAGAGGAACAGGUUGUCACCGAACAAGCUAUGAGGUCUUAA